AUGUCGGUGUCGGGGCUGAAGGCCGAAUUGAAGUUUCUUGAGUCAAUAUUUGACCCAAACCACGAGAGAUUCCGAAUUAUAGACUGGAAACCCGACGAACUGAGUUGCCAGUUUAACGUAACAGGAGAGAAGCUGCUGAUCAUUCACUGCAACAUUACGGAGUCUUAUCCCUCAACGUCCCCCAUAUGGUUUGUCGACUCCGAUGAUCCAAGUCUCGCCGAAGUGUUGGAGCGCUUGGAGGAUGUGCGGAAAGGCAACACGUUGCUUCUUCAACAGCUGAAACGUCUCAUAUGUGACCUGUGUCGACUUUACAACCUCCCUCAGCAUCCAGAUGUGGAAAUGCUUGACCAGCCUCUGCCUGCUGGCCCCAUUAUCCAAGAGCGAAAGCACGGACCAUCAGAUGAAGUGACGUCUGAGGAAGAUGAAGAAGAAGAAAUGGGAGAGCAGGAUAUUGACUUGGACCAAGACCUGGACCAUUAUGACAUGAAAGAAGAAGAGCCGGUAGAUGGCAAAAAAUCAGAAGAUGACGGCAUUGAAAAAGAACACUUGGCCAUUUUGGAGAAGAUCCGUAAAAAUCAGAGACAGGACCAUUUGAACGUAAGUAUUUUUUUGUCUGGGAUCUCCGGCUCUGUGCAGGCUUCGGACCGCCUCAUGAAGGAACUCAGGGAGAUCUAUAGAUCGCAGAGUUACAAGACAGGUAUUUAUUCAGUGGAACUCGUCAAUGACAGCCUCUAUGACUGGCACAUCAAGUUAAGGACGGUAGAUCCAGAUAGCCCGCUGCAUAGUGAUUUGCAGGUCUUAAAAGAAAAAGAAGGCGUGGAUUAUAUUCUUCUUAAUUUCUCUUAUAAAGAUAAUUUUCCUUUCGACCCACCUUUUGUGCGGGUUGUCGCUCCUGUGCUCUCUGGAGGUUAUGUUUUAGGAGGAGGAGCCUUGUGUAUGGAACUUCUCACAAAGCAGGGCUGGAGCAGUGCCUAUUCCAUAGAAUCUGUUAUUAUGCAGAUAAAUGCAACUCUGGUGAAAGGAAAGGCCAGAGUUCAAUUCGGGGCCAAUAAGAACCAGUACAAUCUUGCCAGAGCACAACAGUCAUACAAAUCCCUUGUGCAGAUUCAUGAAAAGAAUGGCUGGUACACCCCUCCUAAAAAGGAUGGAUAA